CAUAUCUUACAGGGAUGGACACUGACAUGUGCUUCGUCCAAGCCGCUCAAUUACUUACCGCGCGCGCCUUUGAUUAACUCACGUACGCUUCGUUCCGUGCAAGGCUAAAGAUGAGCUAAUCUGUCUGCCCAGUGAGAGUUUACUAGUUUUCAGCUCACCUGAGGGCUGAGGCCAAUCAAGCCAAGCAAGCUCGGCUGCGGCGCGCGCAUGUCUGUCUCCGUCGAGGCGGACACCUGCUACCGGUGGAGCUGCGACUUUGUCGUCGCGCACGUCAUCUUAGCCAGCGGGUUCAUCACGGCGCCCUUGGCCGUCGUCCACCUCGUCAACCGCCCGCACUCCGGCCGCGCCCUCUUCUUCGGCAUGUUCGCCGUCUUCUGCACCACUAUCAGCCUCAUCCUCUGCUGCCGCUUCUACGCCGAGCUCAAACGCCCGCCGUGGCCGCGUUGGCUCUCGGCGGCAUCGCCGUCCGGCGGCCAGCAGCAGCAGGACGGCGGUGGUGGCGGCGGCCAAGAAUCGCUGGGGAACAUGACAACGAGGGAGGUCUCGCACGACCUCCGACACCCCGAGCAGCCGGUGAUGGUCCGCGUGGAUAUUCAGGCCGUCCUCGCCGUGGACCGCAUCCCGAGCUACGAGCACCGGGACGGCGCCGCCGACUGCGCGGUGUGCCUGGGCGACGUGGAGAAGGGGGAGACGGUGCGGCGGCUGCCGGCGUGCCAGCACGUGUUCCACAGGGAGUGCAUCGACCUGUGGCUGCACGCACACGCGACGUGCCCGGUUUGCCGCUCCAGCAUGCGGCCGGCGCAGCCGGAACGACCGCCGGAGGUCGUCGUGAACAUCGGAGCCCGGCCAGGCAUGAUGUUCCCAGGCCAGGCCGGGCCGGGCUUGUGGAUUGGGCUGGACUCUCGCCUGAAUUAGCAGCCCAGUGUGUCUGCUGUGUAUUGUGAUUUGUGAAUCAUGAGACAUUCGGGUUUUGGGCACGUGAUUCGGUAAGCGCGGUUUUCGGUUUGUUCCGUUUUCGGUUCGUUUCGGUUUUGGGUUUUCUAUCUUGACCGGCUAUUCUGUAUACCAACUGUC